ACGAAUCCAUCGCGCACGAAAUCUGAGACCCAAAAGCCGCCGCCGCCGCCGCCGUCCCCGUCGAUCCUCCCACCUUCCGAUCGACGCGCGGCCACCGCCUCCCUUCCGGAAGCCUCCGCGCGACCUUCCGCAAGGUGAUGAGUCAAACAGCAAAGUGGAGCGGUUGCACAAAUGCAAUGGGCCGCCCAAAGGAUGAACCCUUGCAGUUUGUCUGUUGCAUGUGGAAUUUCUUGUGCAUAUAUUGCUAUCUGAUCUGAAAGUUCACUAUGUAGCAAAGCGGAGGGGUUACACAAAUGCAAUGGGCCGCCCAAAGGAUGAACCCUUGCAGUUUGUUCCUUCUUCAGUGCGCGUGUGAAUCUAUACUUAACCUCCCAUAAGAGUGCAGCUGAGCUGUGAGAAUAUUCUUGAAGAAUUAUGAAUCCUUAUUUCGUUGGUCUUCUUGUACCCAUCGCGGUCUCUCUUCUACUCCAGAAAAGGAGGAAAACUCACAAGAUGAGAGGAGUGCCAGUUGAUGUGGGUGGAGAGCCUGGUUAUGCAAUACGCAACUAUCGAUUUGAACAUCCAGUUGAAACUCACUGGGAAGGGAUCACCACACUCGCUGAGCUCUUUGAGCAGUCAUGCAAGGAGUAUCUCCACAUGCCACUCCUUGGCACCAGGAAGCUCAUUUCCAGGGAAAAGGAAUUAUCAUCUGAUGGGAGGUCCUUUGAGAAGCUUCAUCUUGGAGAGUACGAGUGGAAACGCUAUGCUGAGGUCUUCAAGAGUGUUUGCAACUUUGCGUCUGGCCUAAUUCGAUUAGGCCAUGAGAAGAGUGAGCGUGUUGCUAUUUUUGCUGAGACACGGGCUGAGUGGCAAGUUGCUCUGCAGGCAUGCUUCAGGCAAAAUAUUACAGUUGUCACAAUCUAUGCCUCAUUGGGGGAGGAAGCACUGUGCCACUCACUAAAUGAGACUGAGGUUACUACUGUCAUAUGUGGUCAGAAAGAACUGAAAAAAAUGAUUGAUAUAAGUACACAGCUUGACACAGUAAAGCGAGUUAUCUAUAUCAACGAGGAAGGAAUUUCAGCUGAAGUUUCGUUAGCUCAAAACAGCACUAGCUGGAUAAUUGAGCCGUUUGAGGAAGUAGAUAGAUUGGGAAAUGAAGCACCUGUUGACGCAAACAUGCCUCUCCCAUCUGACGUAGCAGUGAUAAUGUAUACAAGUGGUAGCACUGGAUUGCCUAAGGGAGUUAUGAUGACUCACCGUAAUGUCCUGGCUACACUUUCAGCAGUUAUGACCAUUGUGCCUCACAUUUGUAGGAAGGAUAUAUACCUGGCCUACCUGCCACUUGCACACAUUCUUGAGUUGGCAGCUGAGGCACUCAUGUCUGCUGUUGGGGCUUCCAUAGGAUAUGGAUCACCUCUGACCCUGACUGAUACAUCAAACAAAAUAAAAAAGGGCACACUAGGUGAUGCUUCUGCACUCAAGCCAACAUUGAUGACCGCUGUACCUGCUAUACUUGAUCGUGUUCGUGAUGGUGUGAGAAAAAAGGUGGAUGCAAAGGGUGGUGUAGCAAAGCAGUUAUUCGAUGUUGCCUAUAACCGUCGACUUGCUGCAGUCAAUGGAAGUUGGCUGGGUGCAUGGGGAUUAGAGAAACUCUUGUGGGACAUGCUUGUCUUCAAAAAGGUGCGUGCAAUUUUGGGAGGAAAGAUUCGCUUUGUACUUUCAGGCGGAGCACCUCUAUCAGGUGAUACCCAGAGAUUUAUCAAUAUAUGCCUCGGGGUUCCAAUAGGGCAAGGGUAUGGUCUGACUGAGACAUGUGCUGGAGGAACAUUUUCCGAGUAUGAUGACCCAUCUGUUGGUCGUGUUGGUGCUCCACUACCUUGUUCGUACAUCAAGCUGAUUGACUGGUCAGAAGGUGGAUACUUAACAAGUGACUCCCCAAUGCCUCGGGGAGAGAUUGUCAUUGGUGGUCCUAAUGUAACUAAAGGCUAUUUCAAGAAUGAUGCUAAAACAAAUGAAAUCUACAAGGUUGAUGAAAGAGGUAUGCGAUGGUUCUACUCUGGUGACAUCGGGCGCUUCCACCCAGAUGGCUGCCUUGAAAUCAUUGACCGUAAAAAGGAUAUUGUGAAGCUUCAACAUGGUGAAUAUGUGUCUCUCGGGAAGGUGGAGGCUGCUCUGAUUGCGAGCCCAUAUGUGGAGAACAUCAUGAUUCAUGCUGAUCCUUUCCACAGUUACUGUGUUGCGCUUGUGGUAGCUGCACACAAUGAGCUGGAAAACUGGGCUUCACAGCAGGGAGUGACAUAUACUGAUUUCGCAGAAUUAUGCCAGAAGCCAGAGGCUGUUAAAGAAGUGCUUGGAUCAUUAUCAAAGGCUGCGAAGCAAGCGCGACUGGAGAAGUUUGAGAUCCCGACUAAGAUCAAACUGGUACCUGAGCCAUGGACCCCAGAGUCUGGCCUUGUCACUGCUGCACUCAAGCUCAAGAGGGAGGUGAUCAGGAAGACGUAUGAGAACGACCUUGCUGAAUUUUACGCCUGAUGAUCGAUGCUGAUCGAUCCUUCUCUUUUUUCUGGCAUUCUCAGCUACUCUAGGCUCUUAUGAGUAAACUGAUUAUGAAUGGAUAUAUUGAUUACCGGCAGGAGAUAGCCUAAAUUUUGGAGCAGUGGUUCUUUGAUCUCUUGAGCUAGCAUAACUGGAUGGAUGUAGCCUCA